AAGAACUCUCCUCGACCUCAUCCCUUCCCCUUCUCCUCCUCCUCCUUCCUCUCCUAGUCGUACCUCUUCUUUACUUGUACCUGCGGCGGCAGGACCCCAUGAAGCAGCCUUGUGCCCAUGGACUCAAGGUCUACCCAAUCCUAGGCACACUGCCGCACUUGCUCAAGAACCAAGACCGCUUCCUCGAGUGGUACACCGGCGUGAUGCAGAGCAGCCCUACCCAUACCCUGGUGUUCAAGGUGUCAGGUCUCGCCGGCGAAGCCAUCACGGCCGACCCGGCAAACGUGGAGCACAUACUCAGGGCUAACUUUGGGAAUUACCCCAAGGGCGAGCUUACGGUGUCCAUGUUCGAGGACUUUCUUGGCCACGGCAUCUUCAACUCUGAUGGGGAGCAGUGGCUGUGGCAGCGCAAGGCCGCUAGCUACGAGUUCAACAAGCGCUCCCUUAGGAACUUCGUCGUCGAUGUCGUCCGUUUCGAGGUUGUUGACCGGCUGGUGCCGCUGCUGGAGCGCGCGGCGCGCGACGCGCAGACCCUCGACCUGCAGGACGUGUUGGAGCGCUUUGCGUUCGACAACAUCUGCCGCGUGGCCUUCGGCCAGGACCCAGCCUGCCUCGCCGCCGCCGAGGAGGGCAUGGCCGCGCACCAGAGCGCGGCGGAGUUCAUGGCCGCGUUCACCGUCGCGCAGGACACCAUCGUGGCCCGGGUCUUGUCGCCUACCAAGUGGAUGUGGCGGGUCAAGAGGCUGCUCGACAUGGAGCCGGAGAGACGGAUGCGCUCCGCGCUCGCCAACAUCCACCGCUACUCCGAGCAGAUCGUCCGUGACCGCAGGGAGGCUGGGCGGGCGCGCAGAGACGACUUGCUGUCCCGCUUCGCCGCAGCUGGCGAGCACAGCGAUGAGAGCCUCCGCGACGUGGUCACCAACUUCAUCCUCGCCGGCCGCGACACUACCUCGUCGGCGCUGACCUGGUCCUUCUGGUUACUGUCCACGCGGCCCGACGUGGAAGCCAAGAUCAUGCGCGAGAUCCGCGCUUCAGCCCAGGGCACGGCGAAUUUCAGCUUGGACGAGCUGCGCCAAAUGCACUACCUCCACGCAACCAUCACCGAGUCGAUGCGGCUGUACCCGCCGGUGGCUGCCGACGUGCACAGCUGCAAGGAGGACGAUGUCCUUCCGGACGGCACGUUCAUCGGUAAAGGGUGGCUGAUGACAUACUGCGCCUUCGCGAUGGCUCGGCUGGAGAGCAUCUGGGGCGAGGACUGCGAGGAGUUCCGGCCGGAGAGGUGGCUUGACGGGGAGGGCGUGUUCCGGCCGGCGAGCCCGUUCAAGUACCCAGUCUUCCACGCGUGGCCGAGGAUGUGCCUCGGAAAAGAGAUGGCCUACAUACAGAUGAAGUACAUCGUGGCGUGCGUGUUGGAGAGGUUCAGCCUCCGGUACGUCGGCGGCAAGGGGCAUCCGAAGCUCGUAAUGUUAAUGACGCUGCGGAUGGGAGGCGGCUUGCCAAUGCAGGUGAAGAACAAGGGAGGCUAGC